UUUCAAGAUGAGCUGGCACUAAAAUACCCGGAAGUGUUUACAGCAGGAGGCUAAACUAGCAGCUAACAGCAGAGUCAGUGGAGAAUUGAAGCUCCUGGAAGUGCAGUGCGGACGCAUCUCCUAGCCUGUGUGCGGUGCUUGUUAAGAAGUCAGGAUGAGUCUGCAGUGGACUGCGGUGGCCACCUUCCUCUACGCUGAGGUCUUCUUAGUUCUGCUGCUCUGCAUUCCCUUCAUCUCACCCAAGAGGUGGAACAGCAUUUUCAAAUCUCGCAUCAUAAAGGCCAUCACUCUCUAUGGAAACACCGCCUUCAUGGUGGCCAUCGCCAUCCUCGUCUUUCUGCUCAUCGAUGCUUUCCGUGAGGUGAGGAAGUACAGUGUGACGGAGAAGGUGGAUCUGGCAAACCACCCGACAGCCAUCGAGCACAUCCACAUGAAGCUGUUCAGAGCACAGAGGAACGAGUACAUUGCUGGCUUCGCCCUGCUGCUCUGCCUGUUGCUGCGUCGCCUGGCCACUCUGCUCUCCCAGCAGGCUUCACUCAUGGCCUCCAACGAAGCCUUCAAGAAGCAGGCGGAGGGCGCCAGCAAUGCCGCCAAGAAAUACAUGGAGGACAACGAGAUGUUGCAAGAGAAACUGCGUGAGGCUGGUCUUGAGCUGCCGGAGGCUGGGAAGAAAGGACCAGGACCACAGGAGGAGAACAAGACUCUGAAGGAGGAGGUGAAGAGCCUGAAGGAGGAGCUGGAAGCCACCAAGAAAGCUCUGCAGAAGUCGGACAACGACGUUCGUGCCAUGAAGAAACAGUCCGCGAACCUGACGGUGGAGUACGACAGACUGCUGGAAGAGCACAGCAAACUCCUGGCGAAGAGCGACAAGAAAUCAGACUGAGGAGGACAUCGACGGUUCCCGGCUUCUUUCAUCUUCAUCACCGUCCUCAGUAAACUGUCUGCUGCCUCUGCUUCCACCUCCGCGAUGUGAUGUCACCGACUUUUGGGCCAGCUGACAUCACCGAUGGCUGCGAUUGGUUAAUCAGACUGUCUGAGCUCUAACAUAAGAAUGUCGGUUUACUGUCAGACUUCCUGUGUCACUGUUUACACCUCUGAAGUGUUUCUGUUUUUCUCUCUUCUGUCCACUUUGCUGUUUAAAGGCCAGCUUUGGGGUUCUGUUGUCCUUUAAACAGCUGACCUUUUCCUUCACUUUCCAUAAACUGUUUUCUUCUGAGGACAUUCCCUGAUUAACAUUUUUGGAGCAAAGUAAAUCCAAACAAUGAAUCCUGUUCCCUGCAGGAAAAGAUCAUCUUCAUUCCAAAAUAAAAGCAUUUAGUCCUCUCUGCACAUUCUGGUUUAAAACAUGCUUAAAAAAGUCCAAAGGAUGGCUGUGCCGUCAGAUUUCCUUCUUUCUUAAACUGUAAUUUCCAUCGAGACUCUUGUGAAUAUGAAUGUUUGGAACUGCAGCAAAGAUCACUUAUUACGAGCAAAACAAGACUCCGGCGUCUCCCCUGGUUUCUUCUUCUGGUUUGCCUGAACUCUGCCUGAACUCUUCGUCACUGUUAGGCGUGUGCUGAACACACACUUUAAAUUUUGGAGCUGUUUGAUGCUCCACUUUCGGUUAUUCAUUACAAAAUGUUAAGAAAAGAAAAGGCACCCGUGUCUGUUCUGCUUGUGUGGUGUGAUCAGAUUUUUGUUGUGUCUUUAAUGACGUGUCACAAUAAACAUGGAUGAUUUCAACAACA